CAAACUCGUCUCUUGGUCAAGCUCAUUUGACAUUAUUGAAUUUUACUGAAGCCUACAUCAAAUCUGAUCAAUCUCCUGCCAAAAACCAAGAAAAAGCAUAUCGAUGGUAUCGACCACCACAAACAUAUGUUCAAUCGUUCAAACACAGCCCAACUAAUGAUGCAUCAGUUAUUGUUGCUAUUCUUUUCUGGUUAUUGACUAGUAGGAUUCCUCAACACAAUGAAAAUGUACUUCCUCAUCAAGAAUUUGAAGUACGCGACAAAAUCAUUAAAAAAAUUUCUCGUGCUAUGUCAUCUGCAAAAAUCGAUCGAUUGAGAACAUAUUUGAUUGAUACAUUUAAUCGUGCUUUUGGUUUUCCUGAAUAUGAACCAUGGACAAUUGAAGAUUUAGAAUGUCGAAUCAAAUCUAUUCGGGAGUUAUUAACAUCGGAUGAUUCAAAACUGAAUUCAAUUGAAAGUAUUUUCCAGAAUCUACUUCGUUUGACAGCAUCGCAUAAGUUUAUAGAAAAAAGUACUCAUCCCGCUGCUAUUCAAAAAGCAGCCGAUACAUUUACCCAAGUUAAAAAGAAAUUUUCAGAUUCACAUUCUGAUAAAUUUAUGUGGUUCGAUGGAAAUUGUACGUGGUUAAAUAGUGCACAACAUCCAAUGAACGAAUAUCGACAUGAUGACAUUCUCACAUAUUUUUGGCGUGGUCAAAGUUAUUCUCUUAUAAUUAUUUGUUUUACAAAUAUUAAUGAUGAAGGUAAAAUUAUAACAUUAGCAAUCGGUAGUACUGUUCAUGAUAAAAUGAUUCAAAUUCCACUUGGACAAUAUUCGAUUGCUCAAAAUUAUGUAAAAGAAUUAGAACAAAUUUUCGAUACAGAACUCAAGAAUCUUCUUCUAUCAAUAUAUAAUGAACAGAAAGCAGCACAGCAAUAA